UGUAAUGUUCCUGAAGAUACAAAGUUGAACAGAUUAAGUUUAACUCAUGUCUAUUAUCUAUUUGCCUCUGUGCUACUUAAAAUAACAUUUCCUAUAAUAGCAAAACCCUCAAAUCUCAGUGAUGUAAACAGUAGUUUAUUUCUCAAUCAUGCAAAAUUCUAAUGGAUAUUACCAAUUAGUAGUUUGUGUUCCCCUAGGCAAUGAUUCACAGAGUGAGUCUCCUAUUUUUUUUGUCCUUGGCAUCUUCUUGCUGGACCUUGGAGUCCCCUGUUGCAUCCUAUUUAUCUGUAUCGUUUGGUGAUGGGGGAAAGAGUAAAACUGUUAUGUGGAAGGCUUUUAUGAGCCAGGCCUGUACCUACAUUGCUUCUACCCACAUUCAGGUGGUCAGAACCCAGAUCCUUUACAAAACCUGACUGUAAGAGAGCCCUAAAACAAUCUAACCAUGUGCACAGGAGGAAAAGGAAAACAGAUUUAUUGAAUAAUUGUUAAAUCAAUCACUGCCAUAUAACUUAUUAAGAAUCAUAUAAUAUGCAAGGUACAAGGGACACAAGUUCCUGUAUUUAAAGAUCUCAUACAUACAGUACACAUAAUAGAAAAAUAAAUAAUAAAGGUGUCUUUUUCUACCUUUUUCAACCGUUUAAACAUUACUCAAAUAUUUAAGAACUUCACCUGAGACUUUUGGUUUCUGGCCCAGUACGUAAAUAGCUUAGAAGUCAUCACUGCAUCUAACAAGUAAAAAGCUGAAGAAAAUGAAAUACCACCAACUCUUAGAUGCGUCAGAAGUGAGGUCACAGGGAAACCACUGUUCCCAAAAUUGGAGAGAUAGGUGAAUACAGAGAAUUUUACAACUUAACACAGCAGAAACUUAUGAGCAGAAAUCUAGGGAACCAGUGUCAGGGUAGGAAAACCUAAAUUGUAAAUGACAAAUAGCUGAAGGCUCAGUGUGGACAAGUCUGACAGUUAAAAACUCCAGGGGGGACCCAUUCGUAGGGAAAUCCACACGUUUUUGUCAGUUUUACCUCCAGGAGCUCUAUCAGGUCCUCACAGUGAACAGAGAACAAUUCCCUUGUGUUUCUGGCAAAGGGAGAGGAAAAGGAGCCAUUUUGAAAUACACCAGAGCAUUUUGGUUCUCUGAACAAGGCCAGCACUCAGGAGAAACUAUUUUACCAGAGCCUAACCUACCAGAGGGAAAGAAAAUACACUCCAGCUCCCUCUAGCCUUCAAUGUUCCGGCUAAUUUAUCCUAAAACACCGUUCUUUUUUAAUUAAAUUGCCACAUAAAUAAGACUAGGCCCUUUUUCCUUCUCUAGAAAAACAAGAUUUGCUGCUCCUGUUCUAGACCACCUAGGGCUUUCAUACAACUAGUGGACUAUUUUCUUUAUAGUAAAACUUCUGAGUCAUGACUUCAACCAGUUUGCUUUUCAGGUGAAGCAGAUAACUAAGAAAUUACUUAGAUAAUUUACUUAUUAAUUUAGUUGGUUUUAAUAAGAUCGAAAUUACUUGGGUUAUUCAUCAAGGCUUAUGAGGGGACAGUUACUCUAAAUCAGCAAUUAGCUGCUUCUCUUUAUUUCUUUAAACUUAGUUCAUUAACAAAAGCUAGACACUUUGGCAUCCUCACUUAGGCCUGUUUGCUUUUGCAGUUUCUAAAACUCUUUCAAGAAAUCAUAACUUGAAUUGCAGUAAAGAGCUUCAGGAAUUUACUUAUUAAAUAUUUUGAAUUAAAUGCAAUGAAAACAUGGGUGGGUAUUUUAAUAACUUUAUAAGUUGUCUAUUCAAAAUGCAGUGGUAGGUGUUUUGUUCAGAGGUUACCAAACAUAAAAGACACUGCUCAAAAAUUAGGCAGCAUGCCCUAUUAAGCUAUUCUUUUAAGUUUAGUGUAUAUUUUUCUAAGUUAGGUGUCUGAGUUUCUUGACUCUGUUACCUUGCAAAAGUACUAGAAGGGUAAUUUUAUACAUUCAUUUCAGCCUAAUAAAACCAAGUGACUCUUAAAACUCUGAAUUCAUUCUUUAUCUGCUAUCUGCUAUUUCUUUUCACUUUGUCUCUAGGAGUCCCAUUUCCUUUUUCCUUCCGAUAUUCCCACCCCCUUUCUGAAAUCCCAUUAGUCUGCAAUCCAAUGGUUCUUCACAACCUUCUCUGACCAUUUCUUCCUGGCCCCGCAUCAGCAAAUUCGAUAAUACCUAACCACUGCUUCGGCUAAAUAAAAAAAACGGAGAGCGUGUUUACUCGUGUGGCCGAAACCAUGACCUUAAGUUGCACAGCCGACUCCCUUCCAUUUCUUUCCAUAGUCACCCUUCCUCCAGCAAAUGAGCCUCGGGUCUACUUUUAAAUCUGCCACCCCCCGGCCGCUUCUUCUACCUUCCGCCUUAUUGCUAUUGCCCUGUCCACUGAACCCAAAUUCCUCUUCUCAGGACUUCCAUUACCCGAAAGAACAGCCCUCUUUUUCAGGGCUUUAAAACACCAGGAUCCGCUUUCUUCCUCCUCAUCGGAGAUGCGGCAGUCCGUGCUUCCCCAGCCGGACUCGGCCCACAGCACCCGCAGCCAUUCUCGCGCAGCAGCACCACUUCCGGAUCUCGGGUGUCUCCACUUUACGGGUCCGCCCACCUCCCGAGGGCGCUUCUUAGAGCAUUUUCCAGACCACUGGCGGGGUCGGAGUGGAGACGCAGGCUAGCCGAGCGCAAGAGGUCUUUUCCUAGAAGACGGACUGAAUGGCUUCUCCAGCCUGACAAGUCGGGUCAUGCUGUGGAGUCGAGUUCUGGCGGUGGAGGGACAGUUUGUUUUGAGCACCGAGUGGGGCACACCCGGAAGUGGAGCCAUACAGGAGCUGCGCCGCCGCCGGAGGCGGGUGCCAGGUACCCGGAGGUGGAGAGGACGCCACGGUACGUUUUGGCCUUCAGACUUUGACUCCUCUGAACCUUAAAGGAUGCUGGAGUCAUACGUGACUCCAAUUUUAAUGAGCUAUGUGAAUCGCUACAUCAAGAACUUAAAGCCUUCAGAUCUACAGCUUUCACUAUGGGGUGGAGAUGUGGUUCUCAGCAAGCUGGAGUUAAAGUUGGAUGUGCUGGAACAGGAAUUGAAAUUACCAUUCACCUUUUUAAGUGGACAUAUUCACGAAUUGAGGAUCCAUGUACCAUGGACAAAAUUGGGUUCGGAAUCCGUAGUAAUUACCAUCAACACAAUGGAAUGCAUUUUGAAACUUAAAGAUGGAAUGCAGGAUGACCAUGAGAGCUGUGGGUCUAAUUCUACCAACCGUAGUACUACUGAGAACACAAAAUCAUCAGUAAAACCUCGAAGAAUUCAGCAGGCUGCUCCCACAGAUCCUGAUUUACCACCAGGUUAUGUGCAGAGUCUGAUUAGACGUGUUGUAAAUAAUGUAAACAUUGUUAUAAAUAACCUCAUACUAAAAUACGUUGAAGAUGAUAUUGUUCUUUCAGUCAACAUCACUUCUGCAGAAUGCUAUACAGUAGAUGAAUUAUGGGAUCGUGCAUUCAUGGAUAUUUCUGCAACUGAUCUGGUGCUGAGAAAGGUUAUCAAUUUUUCCGACUGUACAGUUUGUCUUGAUAAACGAAAUGCUAGUGGUAAAAUAGAAUUUUACCAGGAUCCUUUAUUGUACAAAUGUUCCUUCAGAACUCGUCUUCAUUUUACAUAUGAUAACCUAAAUUCCAAGAUGCCAUCUGUUAUUAAAAUUCAUACCUUAGUAGAGAGUUUGAAACUUUCCAUCACAGAUCAACAACUGCCUAUGUUUAUCCGUAUAAUGCAACUUGGGAUUGCGCUUUACUAUGGAGAAAUAGGGAAUUUUAAAGAGGGAGAAACAGAAGACUCUACCUGUCACAAUAAAGAUAUGUUAGGAAACAUUACAGAUGUUGAAGAUGAAACAAGGAUAGAUAUGCAGUAUCCUGCUCCGUACAAAGGCCAAGAGUUGUAUUCACAGCAAGAGGAUGAGCAGUCGCAGGGAUGGGUAUCCUGGGCCUGGUCCUUUGUGCCCGCAAUUGUGAGUUACGAUGAUGGUGAGGAAGACUACCUUGGGAGUGAUCCUGCAACAGCCACGCAUCAGCAAAAAGCACAGACUUUGAAGGAUCCUGUUGUUUCUAUAGGAUUUUACUGUACAAAGGCAACUGUGACUUUCAAACUGACUGAAAUGCAAGCUGAGAGUAGUUAUUACAGCCCUCAGAAAGUAAAAUCUAAAGAAGUGUUGUGUUGGGAACAAGAAGGAACUACAGUUGAGGCCCUUAUGAUGGGAGAGCCUUUCUUUGAUUGCCAGAUUGGUUUUGUAGGUUGUAGAGCCAUGUGCCUUAAAGGAAUUAUGGGUGUUAAAGAUUUUGAAGAGAAUAUGAAUAGAAGUGAAACCGAAGCCUGUUUCUUUAUUUGUGGUGAAAAUUUGAGUAUGAAAGGUUUGACAUACCUUACAAAUUCAUUGUUUGAUUACCGAAGCCCAGAAAAUAAUGGUACUCGUGCAGAAUUUAUCUUGGAUGCAGCUCAUCAUAAGGAGACAUAUACUGAGAUAGCUGGAAUGCAAAGGUUUGGGGCUUUCUAUAUGGAUUACCUGUAUACAAUGGAGAACACCAGUGGCAAAGGUUCUGCAAAUCAGCAAGACUUUUCUUUAGGAAAAAAUGAAGAUUUGGGAAUAAUUCAGGAGAAGUCGACCAAAAGCCUUGUUAUAGGUCCUCUUGACUUUCGCUUGGAUAGCAGUGCGGUACAUAGAAUUUUGAAAAUGAUUGUUUGUGCCUUGGAACAUGAAUAUGAACCAUAUAGCAGGCUAAAGCCAGAUAUUAAGGAUGAAAGUGAAACAAUUUUGAGUCCAGAAGAAGUGGCAUCUUUGGAGGAAUAUAUUCCUACUCGACAUACAAGUAUUACUCUCCUCAAAUGUACCUUCACAAUUUUCAUGGCUGAAUUCAACUUGCUGGAUCACUUGCUGCCUGUCAUUAUGGGAGAAAAGAACUCAAGUAACUUCAUGAAUACUGCAAACUUCCAAUCUCUUCGGCCUUUGCCAUCUAUUCAGAUAUUGGUGGACAAAAUUAAUUUGGAACAUUCUGUGCCGAUGUAUGCUGAACAUUUGGUGCAUGUGGUCAGCAGCCUUACUCAGCCUUCUGAUAAUCUGCUUCAUUAUUGCUAUGCACACUGCUACCUUAAGAUCUUUGGUCUCCAGGCAGGACUGACUUCUUUGGAUUGUAGGGGAUCCUACUGCUUACCUGUACCGCUGAUUCCCUCUUUCAGCACUGCUCUUUAUGGAAAACUUCUGAAACUACCCACAUGCUGGGCCAAAAGAUCUCAGAUUGCUGUAACUGAAGGUAUAUUUGAACUUCCUAAUCUUACAAUUCAAGCUACAAGAGCACAGACACUUCUGCUGCAAACAAUAUAUCAAAGUUGGUCUCAUAUUGGAAAUGUCAGCUCUUCAGCAGUGAAUGAAGCUUUGAUGAGUGAAGUUUUCCAAACUAUAGGUGUGAAAUCUAAGAAUCCCCUGCCAACUCUUGAGGGCUCAAUCCAGAAUGUUGAAUUGAAGUAUUGCAGCACAUCAUUGGUCAAAUGUGCCUCUGGGACCGUGGGAUCAAUAAAAAUUUGUGCCAAAGCCCCAGGUGACAGUGGAAAAGAGAAGUUGAUUCCGUUGCUUCAAGGUCCCUCUGACACUAAAGACCUUCAUAGCAGCAAGUGGCUCAAUGAGAGUAGAAAGCCAGAAUCCCUCUUAGCUCCAGAUUUGAUAGCCUUCACAGUCCAAGUUCCCCAGAAUAUGGACUACUGCCACAAUUUUGGUGCCGUACUUCUCUGUAGUGUACAAGGACUAGCAGUUAAUAUCGAUCCAGUUUUAUAUACCUGGCUCAUUUAUCAGCCCCAGAAACGAACCAGUAGACAUAUGCAGCAGCAGCCUGUGAUAGCUGUUCCUCUUGUUAUGCCAAUUAGCAGAAGGAAAGAGGACGAGGCAUCUGUUGGAAGUGCGCCCUUGGCAAAGCAACAAUCAUGUCAGGCCUCUGAAUAUGCCAGCAGCCCUAUAAAAACAAAAACAAUAACAGAAUCCAGACCAUUGUCAGUUCCUGUGAAAGCCAUGCUGAAUAUAUCAGAAGGCUGUAGAAGUCCUGAAGAGAGAAUGAAAGAAUUUAUUGGAGCAGUAUGGAAUGCAGUAAAGAGUCUCACACUGCAGCUUGAAGUACAGUCUUGUUGUAUGUUCAUUCCAAAUGAUAGCCUGCCUUCCCCGAGUACAAUUGUAUCUGGUGACAUUCCUGGAACUGUCAGAAGUUGGUACCAUGGACACACCAGCAUGCCAGGAACACUCGUCCUCUGCUUGCCUCAAAUAAAGAUUGUCAGUGCUGGCCACAAGUAUAUGGAGCCUCUGCAGGAGAUCCCGUUUGUCAUUCCCCGACCCAUCCUUGAAGAAGGUGAUGCUUUUCCUUGGACUAUCAGCUUACAUCAUUUCAGUGUAUAUAGCCUUUUUGGAAAACAAGUGACACUUUGCCUAGUGGAACCUAUGGGUUGUACCUCUACUCUAGCUGUUACAUCUCAAAAACUACUCACUGCAGGACCUGAUACGAGGCAUUCAUUUGUUGUCUGUCUCCAUGUUGACCUAGAGUCACUUGAGAUAAAAUGCUCGAACCCCCAGGUACAGCUCUUCUAUGAGCUAACUGAUAUCAUGAAUAAGGUCUGGCAUAAGAUUCAGAAGAGAGGCAAUCUCAGUCCUUCUUCAGCUUAUCCAGAGACCAUGGCAGGGCCUGUCCCCAGUUCUCCAGUUAGAAGCAGUGUAGGUACGGCUCCUCCAGAUACCAGCACAUGCAGCCCAUCUGCUGACAUUGGAACUACCACUGAGGGAGAUUCUGUACAAGCUGGUGAUGAUUCUCCAUUCUCAGAUUCUGUUACCUUGGAACAAACCACAAGUAACAUUGGUGGAUCUAGUGGACGUGUUAGUCUGUGGAUGCAGUGGGUGCUCCCCAAAAUUACUAUCAAGCUCUUUGCUCCAGAUCCUGAAAAUAAAGGCACAGAGCUUUGUAUGGUCAGUGAACUAGAAGACCUCAGUGCUUCCAUAGAUGUCCAGGAUGUAUAUACCAAAGUGAAAUGUAAAAUAGAAAGUUUCAAUAUUGAUCACUAUAGAAGCAGUCUUGGGGAAGACUGUUGGUCUCUGGGGCAAUGUGGAGGUGUCUUCCUUUCCUGUACUGACAAGCUGAACAGACGCACCUUGUUGGUUCGACCCAUCAGCAAGCAGGACCCUUUCAGUAAUUGCUCUGGCUUCUUUCCUUCUACAACUGCAAAGCUUCUAGAUGGCUCUCAUCAGCAGCAUGGAUUUCUCUCUUUGACAUAUACAAAAGCUGUAACAAAAAAUGUCCGUCACAAGUUAAUAUCAAGAAAUGAGCGAAGAUGUUUUCAUAAGUUAUCAGAAAAUUUAACGGAUGGUUCCCCUCAUUUUCUUCAUGAAAUUCUUCUUUCAGCACAAGCUUUUGAUAUUGUCCUUUGUUUUCCUUUACUUAAUGCCAUUGUAAGUAUAUUUCAAGCAAAAUUACCAAGGACCCAAAAAGAAAAAAGGAAAUCUCCUGGUCAGCCCAUGAGGACUCAUACACUGACUUCACGCAAUUUACCUUUGAUUUAUAUCAACACUAGUGUAAUCAGAAUUUUUGUUCCGAAAACAGAAGAAACGCAGCCAAGUAUUGAAGUUAAUCAGGCAGCAAAAGAAGACACCAUGGUUUUAAAGAUUGGCUCAGUUGCUAUGGCUCCACAGGCUGACAAUCCCCUUGGCAGAUCUGUCCUCAGGAAAGAUAUUUACCAGAGAGCCUUGAACUUAGGAAUUCUUCGAGACCCUGGAUCAGAAAUUGAAGACAGACAAUACCAAAUAGAUCUGCAGUCUAUCAAUAUUGGUACUGCACAGUGGGAUCAACUAAAACCAGAGAAGGAAAGUGGCACAGGAGGGGUGCUGACAGAGAGUGAGAGAAAUUCUCAAAAUCCAGCCCUGGAGUGGAAUAUGGCCAGCAGCAUACGGCGGCAUCAAGAAAGAAGAGCAAUUUUGACUCCCAUUUUAACAGAUUUUUCUGUCCGAAUAACUGGAGCACCUGCCAUCAUUUUCACCAAAAUAAUUUCUCCAGAAAACAUGCAUACUGAGGAGAUUUUAGUGUGUGGCCAUUCCUUGGAAGUGAAUAUAACCACAAACCUGGACUUCUUCCUAAGUGUGGCUCAAGUUCAACUCUUACAUCAGUUAAUAGUAGCAAAUAUGACUGGACUGGAACCAUCAAGCAAGGCCACCGAGAUCUCUAAGCAAGAACAAAAAAAAAUGGAUACAUUUGAUGGAAGCAUGGCUGAAACCUCAUCUCGGUACAGUGGUGCUCAGGAUAGUGGAAUCGGCAGUGACAGCGUUAAAAUCAGAAUAGUACAAAUAGAGCAACACAGUGGUACCAGUCAGCAUCGCAUUGCCCGUCCCUCACGCCAAUCAUCAAUUGUAAAAAAUCUCAACUUUAUUCCCUUUGACAUAUUUAUUACUGCAAGUAGAAUCUCACUCAUGACCUACUCCUGUACUACGUUACCCAAAUCGAAAUCACAAAAACCGAAGGAUAAUGAAAAAACAGACAAGUGUUCAUUGAAUCUCCCAGAAGUUGAUUCAGAUGUUGUUAAGCCCAGCGAGGCGUGUAUUUCCAUGGUAACAGCAGAAGAUCUCAGCAGCAGCAGCAUAUCUUUUCCUUCAGGGAAGAAAGUAGGGGCCAUCUCUCUUGAAAGUCUUCAUGCAUCCACAAGGUCUUCUGCUAGACAAGCACUUGGUAUAACCAUCGUUCGCCAGCCGGGACGAAGAGGAACUGGCGACUUGCAGCUGGAACCUCUUUUGUACUUGAUUGUCUCCCAACCUUCUUUGCUUCUGAGUUGUCACCACAGAAAGCAGCGAGUGGAAAUGACCAUUUUUGAUGCUGUGCUUAAAGGGGUAGCCUCUGAUUACAAAUGUACAGAUCCUGGAAAGACUCUGCCUGAAGCCCUUGAUUACUGUACAGUUUGGCUACAGACGGUGCCUGGAGAAAUAGACAGCAAAAGUGGUAUUCCACCUUCCCUUGUGAUGCUACAAAUUAAAGACUUUCUCAAUGGACCAGCAGACAUCAGUUUGGAUAUAUCAAAGCCGUUGAAAGCAAACCUGAGUUUUACCAAGCUGGAUCAGAUAAACCAUUUUUUAAAAAAGAUAAAAAGUGCACACAGCAAAGAGACGUCAGUCCUGGCCGACACCACGCUGCCGAAGGAUGAGCUUCCAGCCUCCAAAUGUUACCGAGGGAAAUUGUCUAAACCAAAAGUUCAUGGUGAUAGAGCACAAAAGGUUCCAUUUCAAGAAAACAUUUGGAGAACUGUCUCCUGCUUUCAAAAAAUUUCUGUCCAUACUACUCAGAUUGUGGUCUCCAUGGAAACUGUCCCCCAUCCUGAAAAACCAUGCCUGUUAGCAUCUUUAUCAACUCUCCGUGGGAGCCUGAAUGUCAAAGCAGCACAGAAAGUACCUGGCAUAAUUCUUGGGUCAUCAUUUCUACUCAGCAUAAAUGAUUUUCUCCUUAAAACAAGUCUCAAAGAAAGAAGUCGGAUUCUGAUAGGACCAUGUUGUGCCACUGCCAAUCUGGAAGCUAAGUGGUGUAAACACAGUGGCAAUCCUGGCCCAGAACAGUCUAUACCAAAAAUAUCCAUUGAUUUGAGAGGAGGCCUACUACAGGUUUUCUGGGGUCAAGAACAUUUGAAUUGUUUAGUUCUUCUACAUGAAUUACUCAGUGGAUACCUUAAUGAGGAGGGAAAUUUUGAAGUGCAAGUUUCUGAAGCAGUGCCACAUAUGCCAUCCCCUGUGGAAAAGAGUCAGAUGUUCAAAAGUGAACAAAGUUCAGAUGACCUACGUACAGGUCAAUUUCAGUAUAUACGUGAUGCUGAACCUUUGAAAACGCCUGGUGUUUAUGAAGUCUUGUUUUACAAUGAAACGGAAGAUAGUCCAGGGAUGAUGUUAUGGCGAUAUCCAGAACCUCGAGUGCUCACCCUUGUACGGAUAACUCCUGUGCCCUUCAACACCACAGAGGAUCCAGAUAUUAGCACUGCAGACCUUGGUGAUAUGCUACAGAUUCCGUGUAGUUUGGAAUACUGGGAUGAACUCCAGAAGGUUUUUGUUGCAUUUCGAGAAUUUAGUCUGUCUGAAAGCAAAGUUUGUGAACUGCAGUUGCCAGAUAUCAAUCUUGUGAGUGACCAGAAGAAACUGGUAUCUUCGGAUCUUUGGAGAAUUGUCUUGAACAGCAGUCAAAACGGAGCUGAUGACCAAAGCUCUGCAAGUGAAUCUGGUUCUCAAAGCACUUGUGAUCAGCUUGUAACUCCAACAGCCCUGGCUGCCUGUACCAGAGUCGACUCCUGUUUCACCCCGUGGUUUGUCCCAUCUCUUUGCCUUUCCUUCCAGUUUGCUCACCUGGAGUUCCAUCUUUGUCAUCACCUUGAUCAACUAGGCACAGCUUCACCAAAAUACCUACAGCCAUUUGUUUCUGAUAAAAAUGUGCCAUCUGAGCUAGAAUACAUGAUUAUUUCCUUCAAAGAACCACACAUGUAUCUUCGACAGUGGAGCAAUAGUUCUGUCUGUCAAGAGAUCCAGUUCUCAGCUCAAGCGGACUGUAAACUUCUAGAGUGCAGGAAUGUUACAAUGCAAAGCGUGGUGAAGCCCUUCAGUAUCUUUGGACAGAUUGCAGUUUCCAGCGAUGCAGUAGAAAAGCUGCUUGACAGCACCAUCGUAGUUGAUUCUAUAUUUAUAAACUUUGGGCAACAUGCAGUUCAUUCUCUAAACACUGCACUACAAGCUUGGCAACAGAACAAAUGCCCUGAGGUAGAGGAGUUGGUCUUCAGCCAUUUUGUGAUCUGUAAUGACACACAGGAGACACUGCGGUUUGGCCAGGUGGAUACUGACGAAAAUAUUCUGCUGGCGAGCCUCCAUAGUCACCAGUACAGCUGGCGCUCUCACAAAUCCCCACAGCUGUUGCACAUCUGUAUUGAAGGUUGGGGCAAUUGGCGUUGGUCAGAGCCCAUCAGUGUGGACCAUGCCGGGACUUUUAUUAGAACUAUUCAGUACAAGGGUCGAACUGCUUCACUCAUCAUCAAGGUUCAGCAACUCAGUGGAGUGCAAAAACAGAUUAUCAUCUGUGGAAGACAGAUCAUCUGUAGUUACUUAUCUCACAGCAUAGAACUAAAAGUCGUUCAGCAUUAUAUUGGUCAAGAUGGACAAGCUGUGGUUCGAGAACAUUUUGACUGCCUCACAGCCAAACAGAAAUUGCCUUCACACAUACUAGAAAACAGUGAGCUGACAGAGUUGUGUGUGAAGGCCAAAGGAGAUGAAGACUGGUCAAGAGACGUGUGCCUGGAAUCCAGGGCCCCUGAGUACAGCAUUGUCAUCCAGGUGCCAUCUUCAAACAGUUCCAUUAUUUAUGUCUGGUGCACAGUUUUGACUUUAGAACCCAACUCUCAAGUGCAACAACGAAUGAUUGUGUUCAGCCCUCUUUUUAUCAUGAGGAGUCAUCUUCCAGACCCCAUUAUCAUACAUUUGGAGAAAAGGAGCCUGGGAUUGAGCGAAACACAAAUUAUUCCAGGAAAAGGACAGGAAAAACCGCUGCAAAACAUUGAACCUGACCUCGUACAUCACCUAACAUUUCAAGCAAGAGAAGAAGAAGACCCUUCACAUUGUGCCGUUCCCAUCUCAACAUCUCUCAUUAAGCAAAUAGCCACUAAGAUACACCCUGGAGGCACAGUUAAUCAGAUUCUUGAUGAAUUCUACGGGCCAGAAAAGUCCCUUCAACCCAUAUGGCCCUAUAAUAAGAAAGAUUGUGACAGGAAUGAACAGCUGAGUCAGUGGGAUAGCCCAAUGCAAGUGAAGCUGUCGGUCUGGAAGCCACAUGUUAGAACCUUGUUGAUAGAACUUCUGCCCUGGGCCCUGCUGAUCAAUCAAUCCAAGUGGGACCUCUGGCUGUUUGAAGGAGAGAAGAUUGUUCUACAGGUUCCUGCUGGCAAAAUUAUUAUCCCUCCUAAUUUUCAGGAAGCUUUUCAAAUCGGAAUAUACUGGGCAAAUACAAACACUGUGCACAAAUCAGUAGCAAUUAAACUGGUCCAUAACCUGACAUCUCCAAAGUGGAAGGAUGGAGACAAUGGUGAAGUUGUAUCAUUGGAUGAAGAAGGGUUUGUAGAUGCUGAAAUAAGACUUGGUGCUUUCCCAGGACAUCAGAAGUUAUGUCAGUUCUGCAUCUCCUCCAUGGUACAACAGGGUAUACAGAUUAUUCAGAUUGAAGACAAGACUACAAUAAUCAAUAAUACACCAUAUCGAAUAUUUUAUAAACCACAGUUACGUGUCUUCCAACCCCAUUCUGGAAAGGAGUAUUUUCACGUUCCAGACAGUGCUCCUUUCAGCAUUUGCCCGGGCAGCGAGCGGCCUCCUGUGAAAUCCAGCUCCCUUCCUUGCUGGGACUUAGUGCCUGACAUCAGUCAGUCAGCACUGGAUGCAUCUCUGCUUCAGAAACAGAUCUCACUGGCCUUUUCUCCGGCCGGUGGUGCCGACAGCUCCCACUGCUGGAGCCUGCCAGCUAUAGUUCAACCAGAGUUUCCCCGACAGAGUGUGGCAGUACCCUUCGGGAACUGUAGGGAGAGUGGACUCUGUACCAGGGCAAUUGCACUGACAUAUCAAGAACACUUUGGAGUGACUUACUUAACCCUCUCAGAAGACCCUAGUCCUCGAAUAAUUUUCCACAACAGAUGUCCAGUGACAAUACUUAUAAAGGAAAAUAUUAAAGAUAUUCCGAAGUUUGAGGUUUAUUGCAGAAGAAUUCCUUCUGAGCGCUCAAUUCAUCAUGAGCUAUAUCAUCAGAUUUCCAGUUAUCCAGACUGCAAGACCAAAGACUUACUUCCUAGCCUCCUUUUGAAAAUAGAAUUGCUGGGUGAAAUAACGACUGAGUGGAGCGAUGCCAUUGACAUCAACAGCCAGGGAACACAGGUUGUGUUCCUGACUGGCUUUGGCUAUGUAUAUGUGGACAUUGUCCAUCAGUGUGGCACGGUCUUCAUCACUGUGGCCCCAGAAGGAAAAGCAGGACCUAUUGUAACCAAUACCAACAGAACCCUGGAGAAGAUCAUGACGUUUAAAAUGUUCAUCACUCAGUUGAGCCUGGCAGUGUUCGAUGAGCUUACCCACCACAAAGCAUCAUCUGAACUCCUGAGACUCACGCUGGACAGUGUUUUUCUCCAGAUGGCCCCAGCAGCCGGCCACCUCCCUGGGGAGGAGCCCACCACGGCACUCUCUCAGCUGUACUGUGUGGAGGUGUACUGUGGGGACCUGCAGUUGGACAACCAGCUGUAUAACAAGUCCAACUUCCACUUUGCUGUCUUGGUCUGCCAGGGAGAAAAACCAGAGCCUACCCAGUGUGCCAAAAUGCAGAGUCUUCCUAUAUCCAGCCAAGAUUUGGAAGAAUACAAGAAAAACUGUUUUAUCAAACUUUGCCUCACCUUAAGUGAGAGCGAGAACUUAUUUGAUAUUAACGAGUUCAGUUUUGAAUUGAAGCCUGCUCGCUUGUAUGUGGAAGAUACAUUUGUAUACUACAUCAAAACGUUGUUUGAGACCUACCUUCCUAACAGCAACCUGGAUGGUCCCCCCACCAGACUCUCAGGGGGCAAACAGGAGUUGCCCAUGCAGGUCAGACAGCACGCCAGGGCCUUGGUGAAUCCUGUGAAGUUACGGAAACUGGUGAUACAGCCAGUGAGUCUCCUUGUCAGCAUCCACGCUUCCCUCAAGCUGUACAUAGCUUCCGACCACACUCCGCUCUCCUUCUCUAUGUUUGAAAGAGGCCCGGUCUUCACCACAGCCAGGCAGCUCGUGCAUGCCCUGGCGAUGCACUACGCCGCUGGGGCUCUCUUCAGAGCAGGCUGGGUGGUUGGAUCUCUGGAAAUCCUCGGCAGCCCGGCCAGUCUGGUGCGAAGCAUCGGCAACGGGGUCUCCGACUUCUUUAGGCUCCCGUAUGAGGGGCUGACCCGGGGCCCAGGAGCCUUUGUGAGUGGAGUUUCCAGAGGGACAACAUCAUUUGUAAAGCACAUUUCCAAAGGUACCCUCACCUCCAUCACCAACCUGGCCACGAGCCUGGCCCGGAACAUGGACCGGCUCUCGCUCGAUGAGGAGCACUACAACCGGCAGGAGGAAUGGCGACGGCAGCCCCCAGAGAGCCUGGGCGAGGGGCUCCAGCAAGGCCUGUCUCGGCUGGGCAUCAGCCUGCUCGGUGCAAUCGCUGGUAUAGUCGAUCAGCCAAUGCAGAACUUCCAGAAAACAUCUGAGGCUCAUGCUUCAGCAGGACACAAGGCCAAGGGUGUAAUCUCAGGCGUGGGGAAAGGACUCAUGGGCGUGUUCACAAAGCCCAUCGGAGGAGCCGCUGAGCUUGUGUCGCAGACGGGCUACGGUAUUUUACAUGGAGCUGGACUUUCUCAGCUUCCCAAACAGCGCUAUCAGCCAAGCGAUCUACAUGCCGACCAGGCUCCAAAUAGCCACGUCAAAUAUGUCUGGAAAAUGCUCCAGUCUCUGGGCAGACCGGAAGUCCACAUGGCCUUGGAUGUGGUUCUGGUGCGGGGCUCAGGCCAGGAGCACGAGGGGUGCUUGCUGCUAACGUCGGAAGUGCUCUUCGUGGUGAGUGUCAGUGAGGACGCACAGCAGCAGGCCUUCCCUGUCACGGAGAUGGACUGCGCGCAGGACAGCAAGCACAGCGACCUGCUCAUCGUGCAGCUCAGGCAGCCAAGGGUGGCCUGCGACGUGGAGGUGGAUGGAGUCCGAGAGAGACUGUCAGAGCAACAGUACAACAGACUUGUGGACUACAUCACCAAGGCGUCUUGUCACCUGGCCCCCGGCUGCUCGUCCGUGCACACACCCAGCCCUGUGGUGGCUGUGGAACCUCUCCCCUCCACUGUGAAAACGUACCAUUAUAUGGUGGAGCCACAUUUUGCUCAAGUCUUCAUUAGUAAAUUUACCAUGGUGAAAAAUAAAGCCCUGAGGAAAGGGUUCCCUUGAGGGGGUCCCUCUUCUCAGGUGUGGAUUCCUCAUUGUGCAAUUUAUUUUUGAAAAAGAAAUCUGACUAGCUCUAACAUCUAAUGUGGACACAAGGCCAACACUUUUCUAUAGUUAUAGGUAAUUUUCCAUCCUUCUCUAAAAUUAAUUCAGAUUCCUCCUUCUCCCUAAAGAUACUAUAAUAAAAUGGAUAAAAAAACUUCCUUUCAUUGGGAACAACGAUUAACAUAAUCAUGUAUGUUGUAGUCUUACCACACGUAGAAAAUGCAUUCCUUCUUGCUUUACAAUAUUCGCUAAAAUUUCAGCUAUAAUUAGGAUCUGGUAACACUCCGCUCUAACGUAAAAUGUGUUCUGGCCUUAAAAUGGAGCGAUAUUAAAACUCAUUUCACAGUUGCAUCUGAUUUUAGGCUGAGACACUGUCUUUGCCUAAUAACCCCAUCUGCAAAGGUUUAGAUUCUUUAAGUGAAAAUAAAUGUUUAGACUUUAUUAUUUAACUUGUUAAAGUUGUUAUUUAUAUGUGAUCCUGCUCUUUUAAGUCAAAGCUGAUAUGUAUAGUCCUACUUUAAAGCCUGCAUUUUACUGAAACUUACCAAACAUGACUAUCCAGGUACAUUUUGGAAAAAUGUUUUUCUAGUUUGUUUUACUAAAUCAAGCUGAGUAAAUCUUCUGUGUCUACCGAUAAAAACAGACCCAAAGUGCUAAAAGUGACUUAGUUUCAUAAACUAAACACAAUAAUAGGAAUUACCUUUGACAGUCCCUGUGGAAGGGGUUUAGUAGGAUUCACACUGCACUGGUGCACUGGAUAGGCACCAAGAACCUCAAAAUUAAUCUUAAUGAACCAGACCACAUAGUUCAUUUUGCUGAAUUGACUUGCUCAAGAAUAAAGAUAUUCCCAGUGUCUGUUAGUAUUACUCUGCAUUUAACCACAGGUUUGGAUCACCAGGUAUCUUUACUAUUCAGUAAAUCUCUCAAGCCUCCAAUUAAAACACAUUUACUAAUUACAUCUAAACUUGGGCCUACAACCUGUUACCUACAAUUGUGAAUUCAAUUUCAAAUGCCCACUGAUCUUUAACUGAAGUCCCACAUGUUACUGGGCAUAGGAAGUCAAUGAAUAGUUGCUUCUGGAAAGCUAGAUCCAGCAAGGCUACCAAACAGUGACAAUAAAGCCCAACGGUAUAUUUUAUUGGAAAGACAGUCUCUGUCUCUUCUGAGAGCCCACAGUACAGUAGUCAUGUGGGCUCACAUAGACCCCUUAAACUGAUGGCCCAGGACCAAGACCAUUAUGGACAAUUCAGGCUGAAUAAGAAAAAAUGGUUCCUCCAUUAGUUUGCUGUAUCAUACUCAUUUAAGAAAGUGACAGUUUUGUCAAUUAACCUUAAGAGUAACUUUUUAAAAAUGUAAAUAUAUAUUAAUUCUUAUAUCUUUUAUGGUAAUUUUGCAUACUACUUCUAAGAAUUGUUAUAUAAAAUUAUUUAAAAUAAAAGGAAUCCUUGAAUUAUUGAUGGCACCUUAAAUGUGUAUUGUUACCAGGGGUUUUUAAAAUGCAGGUUUUCAAUAUUAAUUGGGUUUAAUUCAGCUCACAUUAUUAGGCGCUCAAGAAUUUUGAGUUAAAAAGAAUAAACAGUUUUUGUUAUAAAGUGACAACUGGUGAUUAAAUUAGCUUUGGAUAAAAUAAAUUUUAUUUUUAAAGCUCUCUAUGGUAUCACUUUGAUCACAUCAACAAAAAACAGUAAUAAAGGGGAGAAAGGCCCUAAGACCGCUUCCAGAAAGGUAACGUUAUAUUGUUAGUUAUUAGCAAUUCCAGAUAAGUAACUAACACAGCUAGAUACAUAUUCCAAAUUGCAUGGAUAUACAAUUAUCAUGCUCUUUAAUACAGUAAUACUUUAAUACAGUAAUACUGAGUAAAGAACCUUAAAUUUCAAUUAUCUAUUACUACCUCUGUCUGGAAGUUGAUCCAGCAAGGCUACCAAACAGCGACAAUAAGCCCAACAGUCUCUGCCUCUUCUAAGAGCCCACAGUAGAGUAAUCACGUGGGCUCACGGAGAACCCUUAAAUCAACAUCCCAA